GAGAGAGAAAAAAAGAUCAAAGCUUUACCUAAUUUCUCAGUCAAUGGAGGAAGUAUCUCCGGCGAUCGCAGGUCCUUUCAGGCCAUUCUCCGAAACCCAGAUGGAUUUCACAGGGAUCAGAUUGAGUAAAGGUUACUGCAAUAAUAACCAAUACUCAACUCAAGAUUCCGAGAACGGAGAUCUAAUGGUUUCGUUACCGGAGAGUUCAUGCUCUGUUUCUGGGUCACAUGGUUCUGAAUCUAGGAAAGUUUUGAUUUCUCGGAUCAAUUCUCCUAAUUUAAACAUGAAGGAAUCAGCAGCUGCUGAUAUAGUCGUUGAUAUCUCCGCCGGAGAUGAGAUCAACGGCUCAGAUGUUCCGAGCGAGAAGAAGAUGAUCAGCAGAACAGAGAGUAGGAGUCUGUUCGAAUUCAAGAGUGUGCCUUUGUAUGGAUUUACUUCGAUUUGUGGAAGAAGACCUGAGAUGGAAGAUGCUGUUUCGACAAUACCAAGAUUCCUUCAAUCUUCCUCUGGUUUGAUGUUAGAUGGUCGGUUUGAUCCUCAAUCAACCGCUCAUUUCUUCGGUGUUUACGACGGCCAUGGCGGUUCUCAGGUAGCGAACUAUUGUAAAGAGAGGAUGCAUUUGGCUUUAGCGGAGGAGAUAGCUAAGGAGAAACCGAUGCUCUGCGACGGUGAUACGUGGCUGGAGAAGUGGAAGAAAGCUCUUUUCAACUCGUUCCUGAGAGUUGACUCGGAGAUCGAGUCUGUCGCGCCGGAGACGGUUGGGUCAACGUCGGUGGUUGCUGUUGUUUUCCCGACUCACAUCUUUGUUGCCAACUGCGGUGACUCCAGAGCUGUUCUUUGCCGUGGCAAAACUGCACUCCCAUUAUCCGUUGACCAUAAACCGGAUAGAGAAGAUGAGGCGGCGAGGAUUGAAGCCGCAGGAGGGAAAGUGAUCCAGUGGAAUGGAGCUCGUGUUUUCGGUGUUCUCGCCAUGUCGAGAUCCAUUGGCGAUAGAUACUUGAAACCAUCCAUCAUUCCUGAUCCGGAAGUGACGGCUGUGAAGAGAGUUAAAGAAGAUGACUGUCUGAUUCUUGCGAGUGAUGGGGUUUGGGAUGUAAUGACGGAUGAGGAAGCGUGUGAGAUGGCGAGGAAGCGGAUUCUCUUGUGGCACAAGAAGAACGCAGUGGCUGGGGAUGCAUCGUUGCUCUCGGAUGAGCGGAGAAAGGAAGGGAAAGAUCCCGCAGCGAUGUCUGCGGCUGAGUAUUUGUCAAAGCUGGCAAUACAGAGAGGAAGCAAAGACAACAUAAGUGUUGUGGUGGUUGAUUUGAAGCCUCGGAGGAAACUCAAGAGCAAACCCUUGAACUGAGGCAGAGAGGGUCCUUUUUCUUAAUUUUUAAAUGAAUAUGGGUCUCUCCAAGAAAAAAAGUAUUUACUA